AAGCAGGAGAGUGCAACUGCAUCGGCCGAUCCAAUCCCAUAGACGCUACGAUCGGGAAAGCCGAGCGCUCGUAACUUGUUCUCGGAGGCUUCGUGCACUUCCUGUGCAGCGCUGCUCCGAUCGACGAUCCGCAGCCACAGCCCCCAGCAACAGGCGAUCAGUUCGCUGGCGAAUGCACCGCUGAUUGCAAUUACUGCAGAGCUGCAUUCCUGGUCAAAAGGCUGGCCACAUUGCGCUAUAGAGAGAGUCGCCGAGCGGUGUGCUGUGAUCUACUGUACUCUCUGCUCCGUCGCAUCUCCACUCCACAUCGCAUCGCAUCUCCACUCUCGAUUCUCCACGAGCAACGCAACGUGUCGGAAAAGCGCGAAAGUGGCAAAUAUUAUUUUUGCAACAAACACCCAUUGUAGUCGAUAAGUGCGGUCAAGUGAAUCUACUAUAUCUCUCCAGUGAAAUUCUUGAAUAGUGCAAAACAAAAACGCAACAAACUCAGAAAGAAACACACAUUCGCAUUAAUUCGCAUAAAUAUAGCUUAGCACAUUUUCGGAUUAAAUAUCUACAGCACCCAUUGGAUACAUCAUCAUCAGCAGCAGCACCAGUACACCCCACACACUUGGAUACACAGCGCCUGAGAUACUCUCUACUCGGAAGUUGCAGCAACAAUUCGCUCGAAAAUGGCGGAGGGUAAUGGCGAACUGUUAGAUGACAUUAAUCAGAAAGCCGAUGACCGUGGCGAUGGCGAACGUACAGAGGACUAUCCCAAGCUGCUGGAGUACGGUCUGGACAAGAAAGUCGCUGGCAAGCUGGAUGAAAUCUACAAAACCGGCAAGUUGGCUCACGCCGAGCUGGAUGAGCGCGCCCUGGACGCGCUCAAGGAGUUUCCCGUCGAUGGUGCCUUGAAUGUGUUAGGUCAGUUCCUCGAAUCGAACCUGGAGCACGUGUCAAACAAGUCCGCCUACCUGUGCGGCGUGAUGAAGACGUACCGCCAGAAGAGUCGAGCCAGCCAACAGGGCGUGGCCGCGCCCGCAGCUGCCAUUCAGGUCAAAGGUCCCGACGAGGACAAGAUCAAGAAAAUCCUCGAGCGCACCGGCUACACAUUAGAUGUGACGACAGGUCAGCGCAAAUAUGGCGGGCCGCCACCGGAUUGGGAGGGCAAUGUGCCGGGAAACGGCUGCGAGGUUUUCUGCGGCAAGAUACCCAAGGACAUGUACGAGGACGAACUGAUUCCGCUCUUCGAGGACUGCGGCACAAUCUGGGACCUACGCCUCAUGAUGGACCCGAUGACGGGCACAAAUCGUGGUUAUGCAUUUGUCACAUUCACAAAUCGCGAAGCGGCCGUCAAUGCAGUGCGACAGCUCGAUAAUCACGAAAUAAAACCCGGCAAGUGUCUGAAAAUAAAUAUAAGCGUACCGAAUCUGCGCCUUUUCGUAGGCAAUAUUCCCAAGUCAAAGGGCAAAGAUGAAAUUUUAGAGGAAUUUGGUAAACUUACAGCUGGCCUUUACGAGGUAAUCAUCUACAGUUCGCCAGAUGAUAAGAAAAAGAAUCGCGGCUUCUGUUUUCUCGAAUACGAGUCACACAAGGCGGCAUCUUUGGCCAAACGAAGGCUUGGCACAGGAAGAAUUAAGGUUUGGGGAUGUGAUAUAAUAGUCGACUGGGCCGAUCCACAGGAGGAGCCGGAUGAACAAACCAUGUCCAAGGUUAAAGUUCUGUAUGUGCGAAAUCUAACCCAGGACGUCUCAGAGGAUAAGCUAAAGGAGCAAUUUGAGCAAUAUGGAAAGGUGGAACGCGUUAAGAAAAUUAAAGACUAUGCCUUUAUACACUUUGAGGAUCGUGAUAGCGCCGUCGAAGCUAUGCGUGGCCUUAAUGGCAAGGAGAUCGGCGCCUCGAAUAUUGAGGUCUCUCUAGCCAAACCUCCUUCGGACAAAAAGAAAAAGGAGGAAAUUCUGCGGGCUCGUGAGCGCCGUAUGAUGCAAAUGAUGCAAGCGCGUCCCGGGAUCGUGGGAUUUGAAACCUUGUCUCCAUACAGAAACCUGUCGCCGACACAUCCCAGCAUGAUGUCCUUGACGCCCAUGCGCCUCCAAGGGGCGCGCAUGCCGCUGCGUACGCCGAUACCACGCGAAUACGAAUACGAUUACGACUAUUUCGGUUUCUCGGACUACCGCCAAGGGACCUAUACCAAUGAAUCGUUCUACGAGGAGCUGUACCGCUCGUAUGAUGGGGAGUACAACUACUAUGAUUACCCCAGCGGCAACGGGGGCAGCGGGGGCGGCGGCGGGAGUGUGACCGGCGGCUCGAUGGUACCGCUCUCGUCGGGCGGCUCCCAGAAUUCACCGCUGUCCGGUGGCCAGCGAUCGGCCAGAGGAUCGGCAAGUGGUCCUAGUGGUUCGACGAGCGUUAUGGGAAUUGGUCGUGGGCAUGGAGUCACAAUGCCGCGUGGCAGAGUCGUUGGCCAACGUGGCAGCAUCAGUCGUCUGGGGGCCCAAACAGCGCCACAGGCGGCGGCAGCGGCAGCGGCGGCGGGACAGGCGGCGGCGGCGGUAGCUCAGCGGGGGGCCACCGGUCAGGGGGCGCCGGCAGCAACCGGGGGGGUCCGUGGGGUGGUGCCAACGCGUCCCAGCGUUCGUGGCACCCAGCACGUCAAGCCGCUACAAAAUUUACCAGUAGUCGGUAAACGUAAGUUCGAUGGAGGUCACCAAAAUCCGGCAGAUGUUAAGCGACGUUACCCGAGCGGUUUAAUAGGAAAUGGCGGCAGUUGGGGCAGUUUACCGCUACCACAGCAACCUUUAGGCACCAAUGGUGAACAGUGGUACAUGGAUACGUUUUCGGCAUGGAGUUAAAACCACACAGCAAACCAAUUGAAAUCAAUUAACGACGACAACAGCAGCAGCAACACCAGGAAGUUACAGCCACAUAUAAUAACACUCUCCGAGCGACAUCCUGGAGAAGAAUCCUUCGCGUCAUAGUAAAAAAUGAAAGUAAUACGAAAAACAAAAUAGCAACCAUUCUUAAAAGCAAUAAAUUUAAUUUGAACAAACUAUAUAAGGUAUAAGAAAUGCAAUUAGCCACAAUUCAAAAGCAUUGUUUAGAGACUCGUUUCGAUAUUAGUUCUUUUGCUAUGAACGCCGUAGAUUGCGUCCCUCUAAAUAACUAUAAUAACAAAUCAAGAAAUCAGUAAAUCAAGAAAUCAGCAAUAGCAGCAACAAAUAAAGUCGAGUAGAGUAUAUGUAUUGUAUGUAAUCACUUAAAUAGCCUUUGCAGCGAAAGCAUUUUAAACGAAACAUUUUCAUUUAGCGAAACAAGUUUAGCUCGAUUUUCCCAAAACAAUUUUAAAAAGCAUCAGCGCCUCACAACUUAGAUAAACCAAAGUCAAGUCGUUUUAAAAGUUCACAAAAACAGUAUAAGGAAAUUUGUCUCAUAGCGUUUUUAACUCGAAAUUGAAACAAUAAUUGAGCAUAUAUAGCAAAACCUAUAUGAAAAUUAACAAACAAAAACAUAAAAUAUAUUUAUCUAUAACUAUAUAGAGAGAGCAGUCUAAGCCCAUACAGAUUGAUUUUAAAUCUUAAGCAGCAUGUAGCACCCCUUUUAUACAUUGAGAAAGCGUAAGCAACCAAAUUCAAAACCAAUUCGACUCUAAACAUUUUACAAUAUUUACAUGGGCACUGGAAAAUAGCAAGUUAAAAAGGAGAAUCAAAUUUUAGACAAGCGAUUUCUUCUUUUGUAUAUAGCCAAUGGAAAGCUGACAUAUGGAAAACCCAGACAUAUAUACACACGAGAUCGAGCUCAGAAGAAUUGAAAAACCGUUUAAUAUUCUAAGAACACCAAGAACACACAAUUCAAAUUGAAAAGCAAAGCUUAGUGAAGAAACAUUGACUGACAAAAAUAAUGAAAAAAAAAAACAAAUUAUUAAUUAGAUUGAAUGAGUUGAUAUGAGAACGAUAAGCAAAUACAAAAAUUAAAACGCGGCCGGCAUUGUUAUAUAAUGCGACUGGCGACGGCAACUGGCAAGACUUUCUGCGUAAAUUUGAAAACAAACUAUUUUUUAACAACGUAAGUUUUAGGCAACUUCAAAUCAAUUAUCUGUCAGAAGUGAAAUAAAAAUAAAAACAAAAACAUGUAGAGCUAAGUAAUUGCACACAUACAAAACUACACUUAAAACUCACUGAUAAUACUGAUAAUACUGAUAAGCAGAUAUAAAUCGCAAAUCAUCAAGAAAUUUGACUAAUGUCUGCAAAUCGAAGCAACGAAUUAGGAAGAAUCUUACAGACGCGGAGACCACACAUCACAAACAGUAAAAGUAACGAACCUAAUGAUAAAAUUGAUUAUAAAUUUUAAUAACAAUAACGCAUACUUAAUAUUAACACUUGUAACGAGUAAUGUUGGAUUAAACAAAGAUAACUAAAACUAUAAAAUCAAUUAGCCAACGCUCAAGUGCGAAUUAGCAGAAGAAAAACAAAAACCAAACCAUUCACAGCUAAGAAAUUCUAUUUAAAAUCCACUUAUCCAAUAUCAAGUUCAGAUUAAACUCUUUUUACCCACUUUCCUUUACUCAUCUAUAACUGCUACGCACACAGAUAAUACGGAAGAGAACACAGCCCUAAGCUAAAGUAAUGAAUAUAUCAAGCUGACUUAACUAACUCCAUGCCUAAGGAUAAAAAAUAAAAUAUAAAAUCGCCACACACGUGUCAAAAUACGUUUAUAUAGGGAAAAUUAUUGAAACAGAAACUUGCCCGUUUUUCUUUCUAUUUUGCAAAAUUUCAACAAAAUCGUUUUGGUUGAACAAGAAUUCUGUCGUUUACGUUUCCGCUAUUGCUAGAUCUCAAGUAAAGCAAAAAGUUAAUUAAUAUAUAUAAAUGUAUAAAACGAAAAUAUAUAAAUUAGUUUUAAACUAACGAAAGAAUACUUCCAAUUUUGAACUCAAGUAUAAAGCAAAAUACAAACUGUUGGCAGUCGAUGAAGGACGAAGGACGCGUGUGUUUUAAAACGUAUCUAUGAACAUUGUUCAGCAUAAGCCUAAAACAAUAACUUUUUUUAAAUUUAAAAAUACACAUACAUACACAGACACACACACCAAGCAGUUGCCUAAAGUAAAAAUAAAUGAAAAUGAAAAACAAAAACAAAAACGAAAACGAAAUAAUGAAAACAUGAAUUAAAACUUGCGCAAAAUUUGCAAACCAGCAAAGAACUUUAAAUACAUAAUAUUAGCCACAAACAAUAAGAGAAUAUAUACAACAAAUUCUAAAUGACCAUAGUUAAGCUUAACUUUAGUAACACUCACAUACAUACACUCACACACAUAUACACAUAAUUAUUAAAGUAAAGUAAACUGUCGUUGUAGGGGAUGAGAAGUGUGCGCCAUUUUCUAACUACAAUAACAAGAGAAAGAAAAUUACUAAAAAUAUUUACCCAUUUUUUAUUUUUGAUAAGUUUCCCCAUGAGUUUUCCUAAAUAUUUUACUUUUUUUAUUGAGAGAGCAUUUCACGCAAUUGCAAUUGAUGGUUGCCUUCGCAAAAAGAAAGGGAAGAAUAAUUUUAAAACUUUAAUCAUUUUUUUUCUUUAAACACACACAAACACAACAAAUAAAUUAAUUUGAUAAGGAAGUGAAUUAUGAAAAUUCUAUAACGCCGCGUCUUUUUGCAUGCAAAAUUUUCGAUUUUUUGCCCUAGAAAUUUCCACAUUUGGUGACUUAAAACCUUUGAACCCAAUUCAAAUUGCAAAUAUAUAAAUAUAAUUAAUUUUAACAAUUUGUUUAAUUCGAUAACUGUACUGAUUUUAUAUUGUUUUAAAUUUGUAAUUUAAUUUGUAAGUUUUUAUUGUUAAUGUGUUUUUUCUAUUGUAAACUAAAACUAAACUAAAUCUAUAAACCAAUUGGCAAAUUGUUACACAAUCCGUUAAAGUUAACCGAUUUCGUCGAUUCAAAAAAAUUGAGAAUGAAAUUUUUACCAAAAUUAUGUGCCGUUAUUUAGAAACCAUUUCUUUGGAAGCCUAAAAUUUACCUGCAUCCCCACCCACCCCCGCCCUGAACCUUUACCCCCCAAAAACCCAACACCCAACACCUCUAAUUGUGUUAAAUAUUGUAAUUUGUAAUUUUUGUUUUAAUUUUUCGGGAAAGCAAAAACGUUUGGCAAAAUUAGUUUUUAAUUUGAAUAUUUAGUUUUGUUUGUGCGCUUAAGUUUUCAAUAGUAUGUUAUAUAUAUUAAACUAUGAAUAUUAAUUUUUAGCAAAAUAUUUUUACGACCUAACAUAAUUCACUAAUGUUAAAUACUUAAAGAACUUAUUUGUUUAGCUGUUUAAUUGGUUUAAAAUUUUUGUGUAUUGUGAAGAGGAGCGCAAGCAAAAUUUAUCUUUGAUCUAAUAACAAUAACAAUAACUGUAUACGUGUGUAAAUUUCAACAAGAACCUUCAAAAAACAAAAAAAUCAACACAAUACUGAAAAUAGAAAUAGAAAAUAGAAAGUCGAAAGGAAUCAUGAAAGAAAGCAAGGUGGACAACAAAAUUGCAAACUGCGCAUGGAAACUGAGCGAAAAAAAUGAAAAACUUUACAUGAAUUGUGAUGAUGCAAAGGCAAGAUUUAAUCAUAAUUACUAAAUCUAUAUAUACAAUAAAUAUAUAUAUCUUUCUCUAUAAAUAUAUAUAUUUGAGUAUAUAAUGUAUAUGUAGGCGUAGGAGUGUAUAAUCUAACUUUACUUUUAAACAGACUGCGUACGUAUUAAAAAUUUUUAAAAUUAAUUUGUGUAAAAUGUUUUAAGUUUUGAAAAAUUGGCAAAUAAAGAAAACAAUAAAAAUUAAUAAAUCAAAAACACGAUCGUAUUGUAAAUUGAAAUAUACAAAUUAUUUCGACCUAUUCCAAAUUAUCUCUUCAAACCUUUUCAGCAAAAUCUUUACAUGUAUAUUUCAAGAAUCGGCUUAAAACAAGCGCACCUGUUUAUAAAGAAAGGUGAAGGACAGUGGCAGUGGAUGCAAGGAUCUGAUACCUUUGGAAAGUUUCCAAGAUUGUUUCUUCAUUAAUACACAGAAAAAAAAACACGAUUUGUAUGAGGACAAUAUCUGUUUCAAACAUACACACACGUUAGGAUUAACUUUGCUUAGACCAUUUUUGUUUUACCUUUAAAUUUAUAGUUUGUGUGUGUUUUCUUUGCUCUUUUAAAUACAUAUAUAACGAUUUUAUAAUGAUUGAUUUUUAAAACUCUUUUAUAAACUACCUAUUGAUAUACAUACAUCACAAAACAUUUGCAUACAUACCACACGUAUGAAAGGGAUUCAUAAACCGUGAACGUAACGUCGCCAAUUAUUACGAGAUAAAAAAAACAACAAAUGGAAAUUAAAUAAUAAAAACAAUCAGAAUUCAUCGUAGAGGAAGGCCGAAUGUGAGAAAAAUGGGAGAACAACUUUUACGUCUUAAUAAACAAUUAUUGUUAACGAAGAAAAUAAAAGUGAGAAAAGAAGCAUAUUGUACUAAAAUAUUUGAUAUACAUACAUUUGUUAUUAUUUGUAAUACGAAAAUUAAAUAAAAUUGCAUCCAGAUAAUAAAAAAUGAAAUAAAUAAAGAA